AUGUGCUUGGAGAUUUUGAAGAAACAAAUCUAUGAAGCUAUGCUUGAAGAGUUAGAGAAGCAAAUCUUUAAAGCUAUGCUUGGAGAGUUAGAGAAACAAAGCUAUGAAGCUAUGCUUGAAGAGUUAGAGAAGCAAAGCUAUGAAGCUAUGCUUGAAGAGUUAGAGAAGCAAAUCUAUGAAGCUAUGCUUGAAGAGUUAGAGAAGCAAAGCUAUGAAGCUAUGCUUGGAGAGUUAGAGAAGCAAAUUAUCUGCCACUAUGAUGCAAGUCUGAUGGCCAGUGAUGUAAGUCUGCUGCUGAUGUUUCUUCUUGGAUUAUUUUCAGAUAUGAAUCUUGAUGUUUUAACAGCUAUUGAAGGUCGGUUGAGGAAAGAACGAGAUGGGAUUGAACGUAAAAUAGUACUUCUUGAUGGUGAAUCCCAAGAAGAUUUUAUAAACAAACAUUUGAAUCACCUUGCCGAUGAAGCCAUAGAGCAUGUUGGUCACAAUCCAUUGAAUAAAGAGAAGUAUUGUACCAAUAGAAUAUGUCCUGAUUUGCUAGAGUUAAUAAGGAUCUGGACAAUGCAGAAUUUGCAGUGCAGUGAAAUACUGGUUAAAUGUAACAAUUGGUCAAAAAGCAGAGGUCAUAAAGACAUGAGAUAUCGACAAUAUUAUCCUACCCCUGCAGAUAUUAAUUACUUAAGGAGUAAAGUGCUUAACGAGUUAAGGUUCAACAAAAAUGAUGCAUUAAGUGUAGACAAAUUAAUUAAAAGUGACUUGAAAGAAAAUAUAGUACACUAUCAACCAUUAUCGAGACAAACUGACCAACCAUUGGAGAUUGUAUAUAUGAGUGCAUUUCAGAAAGAACAGUACCAACUAUUUGGAAAUACAAUGGUCUUUAUAGAUGCAACAUACCGAGGUGUAACAGCCUACGGUUAUGCAUUUUACUGUGUCAUGGUUCAUAAUAAUGCUGGACAUGGUGUACCAGUAGCCUAUGUGAUAAUUAGUAAAGAAACUAAAGAAGUUUUAGAACGAUGUUUUAGUAAAAUACGAGAUUCAUGUGAUUCUGUGUAUCCUAGGGUCAUAAUGGUCGAUAAAGAUAUCACUGAAAUUUCAGCACUGCGCUGUACCUUUCCAAACUCAGAUAUUUUAUUAUGCUGGUUUCAUGUGCUGCAGGCAGUACACAGGUGGUUAGUGAAGAGAGAUGGUGGUCUGUCAGGCCAGUGUAACACUGCUAAAGGAAACUUGGUGAUGGAAGCCAUGUAUAAAAUGAGGGACUGUUUAACUAAGGAACAGUUUGACGAGACAUCCAAGGUUGUUACAGAGGAAAUUGAUAAUAAAGUAGGAAAUACUUGUAUCUCUAACUACUUGCGUGACCAGUGGAUUUCCGUUGCCAUAAUGUGGUGUCAAUUUGGGCGUAAAAUGUUUCAUGCAGGACACAAUACCAUCAAUAUUGCAGAAAAGUUUUUUUAUUCACUGAAGUAUCAAUUUCUGAAAGGUAUGGCCAAUCGAAGGAUUGAUGACCUUUUUUCAGCCAAGGUUGAUGUAUACUACAGUUAUUUGCAAGGUUUAAAAGAGGCAGGUAGAUUACCAUCUGACAAGAGAGGUCAUGAAGUUUCUGCUCAACACCUGCUCAAAAGUGGUAUUGAGAGCCAUGUGAAGAAAAUAUCAAAUGGUAUUUGGUCUGUACCAUCUGAGAAAACAAAAGGACUGGAGUACACUGUAGACCUGAUUAGACACACGUGCAACUGCUGGUCAUUUUGUAAAGGAGAUGUGUGUAAGCACAUUUUGUUUGUGAAAAUACUGGCAGUCAAAAAUGGUAUAGAUAUUUCUAGUUUGCGUUACCAAAUUGGUAAAAGUAUAAUUGAAAAGGGCGCUUUUAAAAAUGAAUCUGAGCAAUUUACAGUCUACGACAGUGAUUUAAUUUCUGUUGUUGAUGUUAAGCAUAGCCGUUGUUCCUGCAUAGCCAGCAGUUAUGGUGAAACCUGUUUGUGUGUGCUUGCAUGGAAGUAUGUCUGUACGGAUACCAAUAUUGAUGCUUCUGUUGAAUCUAGUGAUUCUAAAAAUGACCAGUGUUCGAUCAUUGUGUCAGAGGAAUCUAUUUCUAACCAAUCUUCUAAAGAGCUCAUUAGAGAAUUAUAUGAGUGGAGUGAGAGUGACGACUUUGUGGAAAGUGAUGGAUUGAGAAAUGCUUUGAGAAGUGUUAAAAAUGAAGCAUUCCUAACAUACAAAAUAAAAACAAGAACAAAACUCAUAAAAUCUCUGCAUCCAUAUAGGAGACAAAUUGAAAAAAGUUGUAAAAUACUCUCUGUGGACCACAAAUAUGAAAUUUCCGAUUUACACUCUAAACGACCCAUUAGAAAUACCCCUCGUGAUAGUGAUAGAGAUUAUGUAGUUAAAACAAACAAAGUUCGAAUUGUGCCAUACAAGAACAGAUAA